AGGAAUCAGUCUAACCAGCGCUCUUUGUGUGACACAGAAGGCGGAAAUCUGCCGACCAAUCAAGUUGCAACGGGCGGGGCUAAAGUGCUCGAGUGUCACAUGCCAAACUUCAGCCUGCCGAGAAACUUUCAACGGAUCUGAUCAAAGCCGGCAACUUGAUCAGUUUGUGUUAAAACCACAGCUAUGUGGCUGUUUGUAGCUUUAAUUAGUUAAUUUAAUGAACUAAACUUUUGGAUUUCUGUAAAGAUUUUUUCUGUUAAUGUAAAUAGUUUGUAUUUUUGUAAAGAUAAGCUACCAUAUAUGUAUAUACACACAAGUUAAUCCUAACUUAAGUAAGAUUAUUUAUCAAGGGUAAAGUUUAUGACUAGUCAUGUUUUGUUUUUAACAAGAAUGAUUAAUUAAAGACACUAGAAGGAUGUUGAUGAGUGGAACAGAUCAUUGGUGCUACAUUUAAACAAGCUUUCUUGAUUGAUCAGCUGAUUUAGAGAAGUCUGAUCUGAUCUGAUCUAAUCUGCAUGUUGAAUUCGACACUGAAUUGGACAUCAUGGGAGAGCAGAGAAACUGGGACGGAGAGGCGGACGAGAACUGUCUCUCCAACAUCGAAACGCAGAAGGAAAGCCAGGUGCAGGUUUUUUCGGAGCCCAGUGCAGAGUCUCGGGAUCAGAUGGAGACCCACUUGUACAAAAGGAGAUGGCUGAUCGUGAUUUUGUUCAGCUCUUAUUCACUUUGUAACUCCUAUCAGUGGAUCCAGUACGGCAUCAUCAACAACAUUUUCAUGAAGUUCUACAACGUCGACUCCUUCACCAUAGAUUGGAUGUCCAUGAUUUACAUGCUCACCUACAUCCCGCUCAUCUUCCCCGUCACGUGGCUCCUGGAGAAGAAGGGGCUCCGCGUGGUGGCGCUCGCGGCCACGGCCCUCAACUGCGCCGGCACGUGGAUCAAAGUGGCCAGCGCCAGGCCUGACCUUUUUCCUGUCACCUUUCUGGGUCAGGUGACGUGCUCCGUGGCUCAGGUGUUCAUCCUCGGGAUGCCCUCGCGCAUCGCUUCGGUGUGGUUCGGGUCCAAUGAGGUUUCCACCGCAUGCUCCAUCGGGGUUUUUGGAAAUCAGCUCGGCAUCGCCAUUGGAUUUUUGGUUCCGCCAAUCCUGGUUCCAAAUGUGGAGGACAUGGACGAGCUGGCCAAUCACAUUCAAGUGAUGUUCUACAUCACAGCAGGCGUGGCCACAUGCCUCUUCGUCCUGGUGAUCAUGGUGUUUCAGGAGAGACCCGCUCUUCCUCCGUCUCAGUCUCAGGCUUCAGCUCGUCUCAUCCCCACAGAGAGCUAUUCAUACUUGUCCUCUAUCCUCCGGCUCCUCCGCAACACGCCCUUCAUCCUGCUCAUCAUCAGCUAUGGAUUGAACGUCGGCUGUUUUUAUGCCGUGGGUACGCUGCUCAACCAGAUGAUCAUCAAACACUACCCGGGUGAAGAGGUGAAUGCUGGGAGAAUCGGACUCACCAUCAUCAUCGCCGGUAUGGUCAGCUCACUCAUCUGCGGGAUCUGGCUGGACAGAACCAAAAUGUACAAACAGACUACGUUGGCGGUGUACACGAUGUCUCUGGUUGGUUUGGCCGUUUACUCCUUCACGCUGGAUCUCGGUCACCUCUGGGUCGUCUUCAUCACCGCUGGAGCUCUCGGAUUCUUCAUGACAGGAUAUCUACCUCUGGGUUUUGAGUUUGCAGUUGAGCUCACGUAUCCCGAAUCUGAGGGGACGUCUUCUGGCCUGCUCAACUGCUCAGCUCAGGUGUUUGGGAUUAUUUUCACCAUCUGUCAGGGGAAGAUCAUCAACACUUUCGGCACGCUGGCAGGAAAUCUGUUCCUGUGUGCGUUCCUGAUCACUGGGACUGUUCUAACUGGGUUUAUUAAGUCUGAGCUCCGCAGGCAGAGGGCGAAUCAGUUAGCCAAGACGCCCGCUGCAGUCGUUCUGGAUUACGGUGCCACGACCCCGAUUAAUCACUGACCAAUCAAUCACCUCUCAGCACACGCAAGCACAGGAAACGUCAGAUGGAUCACAUGUGAAUUCUACUGCUGUUGGACCUGCUACAAGAAUGUAAACGCGCGCACACACACACACUUUAAUGUUAAUUUGUGUGUUCACACAAUACGUGUAUUUAUUAUCUAAAUUAUCAUGUUUAUAUACAGUCGGGUUCAAAAGUCUGAGUCUACUGUGGGCGUGUCCCAAACCACAUCCCCAUUCUCUUUACAGUCCACAUAAACAUCUUUAAUUCACUAUGGGCGUGUCCCAAACCACACCUCCAUUCUCUAUACAGUCCACAUAAAUAACAUCUUUAAUUCACUAUGGGCGUGUCCCAAACCACACCUCCAUUCUCUAUACAGUCCACAUAAAUAACAUCUUUAAUUCACUAUGGGCGUGUCCCAAACCACAUCCCCAUUCUCUAUAUCGGUGGUUCUCAAACUGGGAGCCGCCAGAUAGCGCCGGGGGGGGGCGAAUAGAAAUUCUAGAACAAUUCAUUUUCUUAAUGUAUGUCAGGAUUGUCAACCUUUGAACUAUGAUUUACAUAAAAAUGAGAAAUAUUUAUAAAUGAAAUCAAUUAUACACAGCACACUAAGACACACAGCAAACAGAGACAUCCGUCGAUACACUAGUGUACUGUUAGCCACACGCUGAUAAAACUGAAGACUAUUUAAAAUGGAUAAGAUUUUAGAUAGAGGACGUAGUCUCUUUACUGAGAAAGUUAAUACAGGAGAGCCUAGCGUGAAAAAAAACAAACUGCCAAAAUUUGACGACUCUAGGGGGCCACAAAGGGAUGCACCCUACGUACACAAGGGGGGCCUCAUGCUGAGAAAAUUUGGGAACCACUGCUCUAUAUAGACCACAUUAACACCAUCAUCAAUCCACUGUGCGCGUGUCCCAAACCACACUAUACACUAUUUAGUCCAUCUAAAAAGCAUUUUUACACCACAGUUUCUCAGACUUUUGGAUGUGAGAAAUUGUACCUCUGUUUAACUUUGCACUGUUUUUUCAUGUGCAUCUCAUUAUUGUGGAUUUUUUUAAAGAUAAAAUCUAACAAAAGUGAAAGAAAAGAGUUUAAAAACAGUUCAAGUGGACUUGUUACGCUGCGUGUCCACGUGAGGAGUCUGCAAAAGACAAGCUUUUAAAUCAUAUAUGUAUAUAAAAUGUAAUAAAUUACACAUUUUGAGAUUCUUUUAACAGCUCGGUGAGCGAGAUGUCCGAGUGCGUUAAACCCAAAAUAAACUUUUAACCAAAUUACUGUUAGUUCAACAGUAGUUUGUCAGUUAGAUUUUUAUUAAUGUUACAAACGGCAUCUCAGUGACUGUGUAAUCUCUCAAAAUCCAAACCAGAACCAACGUGAACUGUCCUCCAGCUGGAGUUCCGAGCUUCUGUCUGGUUCUGCCUUCACAGUCGAGCCAAAAAGUUCUUUAAAACUGAGAUGUUAGUAUUGAGUAUUGAAAUAUUAACCUACGAAAACGAUUACUAACGAUAUUUAAAUAACCACGCCCACAAGCAGUGAUUUUAUCACGACGUUUCUUAAAAAAUCCUGUCACAUGUUUCACAGGAUAUAAAAACACUUAUUUUAAUGUUUAUGAGAUUAUUACUGGAAUGAGUCAGUAUUAAUUAUAUUCCGGCGUAUUUAUGUGACUUUGCUGGUACAGAAGCAAAGAUAAACUGGAAUUCUUGGGUUUAGAAGCCAUAAUUAUUGAUAUGUAGAUGUGAUUAAUGUUCGUGUCUAUUAUAUCAGAGUUUUACAGCAAUUUUAGAAACGACAACUGGAGCUUCAGGUUGAAUUUUAACUUUGAAUUGUGUUUUUAUCACGCCCUCAUCGACUCCCCGCUUAUCCUCAACCGCCAUCUUAAUGACUGUUCCAUUAGUUUAUCUGCUCGAUUUACUGGGAAGCUCCAGAAAUAUUGGCACUCUGUUUAUUUAUAAUAAAAAUUUAUUAAAAAAUAAAAAUAAAAAAAAAACGUGCAUCACUAUAUUCCUAAACAUUCAAGGAACCUUAAAAAAAAAAAGGAAACUCAAAAUGUGAAUAUGCUUCAGUUUGUUCAUAAGAAUCUCUAGGAUUCACAAUAAUUUUAAGACAAAUUUUCUUACAAUAAAUGUGAAUUAGUUAAAGGAUAUUUAUCUCAUCUUUUCAGAAUGAUAUUAAGCUUUAACAAACAAACAACAAAUUAACACCUGACCUUUAAAAAUGUCAUGUUUUUGUUGUUUUGUGGUCAAGCUCGAGUGUGACUUCACUGUAGUGAAGGGCACAUAUCCAAAUAUGACUCGUUUUUAACUUUUUAACUUGUUUUUAAAAUUGAUAUGAAUCAGUUUGAAUUGAAAUAUUUUAAUAUAUGAGCUGAUCAACUAAUAUCAGUCUUUAUAACUGUAUAAACAUCAUCAGGUGCCAAAACUCUGAGUGCCUUCAGGACCGGUUUUAUUUCAUCACGUAUUUCAUCUGAUAUUUACUGUAAACUCACUAAAGUAAGUCCCAAACGGUGCGUUCUGAUUGGCUGGGAGCCGUAGGAGUCGAACAGGUUUUAGUAAACUCCGUGUUGGCGUCUGAAUUUUGAAAGAUUUGGAUAUUAAUUAGAAUUUCGUACAGUGAUUUCUCACACAGUUGAAGGAUUCGUGAUGAAAUAAAAGCAGCUCUUCAUCGCGCACUCAUUUUGUGUAACUUGGGCAUUCAGGUCCUUUUUUUAUGUUACUGAAAUCUGAACCAUUUUCAAAGUAUUUGCUGUAAAAUGAUUUAAAUAACUGGAUUAAUUGUGAAUGCUUUUGUAACAAACAAACAAAAAAAAAAAAGAUUAUUCUCUGUAACUUUUAUACUUGAAGAUCUACCAUGUGUAAAACAAUGAAGUUUCAGUAUGUGAUUCAAUAAAUAGCUACUUUUAAAGAAAUUAUUUUUUAUUAGAGAAUUUUUUUUAAAUUUGAGCAGAGAAAGAAAACAUUUGUACUCAUAAAAAUUUCAUACAGAAUGAAUAAAAUGUUUGUAAAAGUG